AUGGCAUGGCCGUUGUCGAUUGUCUCAAAAAGAUGGGGAUUCCAGGAUAGAGGGCCGGCCCUGGCAGCUGGAGGACCCGUUCGUGCCGUUCUGUCGGAGGAAAUUCCGGAAAAUGCUCCACCCCAGAAGACCGUUUCGUUGGUCGGUCUCCAAAGGACCGUCUGCCUUCUCUUCGGCUCGGUAAUCAGCGAGAGGGGCGUGACCUUCUCCGUCCUCCGAAUGGAAGUCUUUCAUUUGACCGCUGUGGAUCCCCGAUCAUCACCGAGCAUUCUGUCAGUGCGCAUGGCAAGCUCGGACAAAUCAGCUCUGGCUCCUCCUCGCUCCUACCGAAUUGAUGGCCGUGAAGUGCGGAAGUUCCGGAUAAAUCACUUCACUAAUUAUAGGGGAACUCAGUACGAAGGGACAUCGGGUCCUAACAUGACGCACCACUCAUUUCGCGGCCCCGAGCCGGCCACCUCGCCGUUCCUUGCCUUGUCACUGCUUGUGCGCAGAACGGAAGAGUCCCAGCCUUACGGGAAGACCAGGGCACUCGAGAAGCCUGGUCGCUGCCAGCUGCUUGUCCAGGGUGGUACUUGUAGUCAAGGGAGCUGUCGUUGCACAAAGAAGCUUCCCCUGCCCGUUGCAUCGCGCCCGCCAGCCACCCUUGCCGAGAUUGGGGAGAAGCUCAGGGGUUUUGGAGACCAAGCAAGGGGUGUCGAAUGCGACCAAACCUGCAAACGCGACCUCAGGGCACUUGUACCGCGACCGCCAAGAUAUCGCGUGGGCAACGUUGAGACGACAACACACGAAGUGCGCCAGCCAUUGUUUGAGAAGAACCUCACUGUGCCUUCAGGCGACAUCAGCGCUGGCCCUUUUUGCAGAGAACAGGCUAGCUCGUGUUUGAAAUCGGUACUUGAAAACAACUGUGCGCCUCUGGAAUGA